GGGAGGUUUGGAGGCGCUUCCGUCUGCUCGCCGACGUGGUUUAAGUGUGUCAGAAGGGUUUUUCACGCUUCGUCAGGAAGCUGCUGAAUAAGUGAUGAAGGGAUGAAUAAAUGAUGCGCCUCCUGCGGGAGGAGCCGUCACGUGACCCGCGGACACUUUCAUUCACAGAGCGCACGAGGAGCCGCACGGACGAUGCGCGAGACAGAGACGCCCUCCUCUUCACUGUGAUUGGCCGACGCCCUGUUCUUCACUCUGAUUGGUCGUCAUCAUGCAGGAGCCGGCGGUGACCGGGGCCGUUUCUGCGACCAACAGCUCAUGUGACCCCCCGUACGAAGACGGCCGGCUGCCGCUGGUGCUGUUGUACAGCCUGGUGCUCGCCGUGGGGCUGCCCGCCAACCUGCUGACCGUCUACCUCACCUGGCUGCAGGUGCGCAGGAACAAUGUGCUGGGCGUUUACCUGUGGAGCCUGUCGCUGUGUGACCUCACCUACCUGGGCACGCUGCCGUUGUGGGCGUACUAUGUGAGUGCGGGUCACCUGUGGCCGUGGGGCUCCACCUCCUGCAAAGUGACGGGCUAUAUCUUCUUCAACAACAUGUACAUCAGCAUCUUCCUGCUCUGCUGCAUCUCCUGCGACCGCUACGUCGCCGUCGUCUACGGCCUGGAGUCCCGCGGCCUGCGCCGCCAGCGCUUCGCCGUCCUCGUCGCCCUCUCCAUCGUGCUGCUGGUGGCGCUCGGCCACGUCCCUGUCUUCAUCAUGAAGGAGGGCAACACCGAGGGGGGCGACCGCCACUGCUUCGAGCCGAGUCAGAAAUCCUCCACGGUGACAGGCUUCAACUACGCCCGCUUCGUGGUCGGCUUCCUGAUCCCGCUGCUGGUGCUGGUGGUGACCAACCGCGGCAUCUUGGCCAACGUGCAGCGCAGCACGGGGCUGCGGCGGGAGCAGAAGCAGCACGUCCGCUGGCUGGCGGUGGCGGUGGUGGUGCUGUUCCUGGUCUGCUUCUCCCCGUACCACCUGCUCCUGCUGGCCCGAGCCGUCAUCUUCCACUUCCUGCGGCCGGAGGACAACACCUGUCUGUUCGAGAGGACCUUGUACACCCCCUACACCAUCUCGCUCGGCCUGUCCACCGUCAACAGCGCCGUCAACCCCAUCCUUUACGUCCUGUCCAGCGACAACAUCCGCAAAGAGCUGAGCCGAGGCCUGGUCCAGGUCUGCAACCGGGCGCACCAGAGACAACGGACUGACAGCAGCCAGAACAAGAUCCAGCCCAACAAGAACUCCUCAGAGCUGAACCCGGUCAAUGAGGCCGAGAGACAGCAGGGAGGAACAUCACCAGGGACCUGAGAGGCUGCUGGUCUCUGCCGGUGCAGGUACCAGACCGGGGACUUUUCGGGCAGGGCGCUGCUGGUCUCUGCUGGUCUCUGCCGGUGCGGGUACCAGACCGGGGACUUUUCGGGCAGGGCGCUGCUGGUCUCUGCCGGUGCAGGUGUCAGAUCUGCUCGGGGUCCUGCACCUGCCGGUGACGUCGCCCAUGAUUGGCUGAACGUCAGAGGGUUUACGGACGUCAUUUCGUCUGGAGAACUUGUACUCGAAGUCCAGGAGCAGGACUUCCUGCAGCCGGACCCUCAGAGAGGUCUUUUAUAUCCUGCUGAUAUCAUUAUGUUUAUUAACGUGUGUUUAUUUCACAUCAAAUGUUUAAAUAGUUUUCAGAAAGCUGGACUCACCUGCCCUGAAGAGAAACCACUUCCUGUCCACAUGUUGACUUUUGAUCCAGCUUCAGCGCUUUAAUGUUUGACAGUUGUUAAUUAACUGUGACUGAAACGUCUGUCUCGGUGAGACGGAAAGAAAGACCUGCCAGCAGCAGCUUCAAUAUUCCAAAGAGAGAAAAGUUUCAGGCUAAUCUGGAGCUAGCUUCAUGCUAACGACAUCACAGGAGGAUCCGGCUGUAUUUGAUUCUUUAUUAUCAGUUACAGAAAUAGUCAGAUGAUACGUUUCCCUCAUCACAAAGAUCUGUGCAUAAAAAAGAAAGAUUGUCACUGGUCCUGAUCAGAAAGCGAAAACGCUCCGGGAAGAACAAAGACAUGCAAAGAGGCGAGCAGCCACGGGAUCAAAGGGUAAAUUCAUCACACGUUAACAACAAGCUUCACCUCCACAACUCUGUAAAUGUUUGUGGAGGAUUUCCCCAGGAAACGCCUGAGCCUUGCGUCUUUGUAGAAUCACAAUGAAAGAAAAGAUGAAUAAAUGUUUGAUCCAUCCAGAAUUUACAGGGUAAAUUUUAUGAAUGAAUUUCUUUUACCUUGUUGGAAAUAAAGAUUUUUCAGGUCAAAGCCGAGUUUUCUUCCACUUUCUAUCAUCCAGCUGUGAAUUCCAAUAAAACUUGGCUCUCUCGUUUGUACUGAU